AUGUGGUUUGGCUUUGCCAGCGACCUGCAUCGAGUGCUGCACGAACAUGUCUACCGCUUUGUCUUAGAGCAAACGCAUGAAAUCUUGGUUCGUCUGAAAGGCCUGGCUGGCUGGCCCUCCCACAUCCUGCAGCUCUCUCAGGGCCGGGUCGUGCGCUUCGACCCUUUCGAGGGCAAAGAAGGCAGCAUCUUCAAGCAGAUGGUUGCGUGGCUGUCAGCGACGUGCGAGGAUUCCACAGCCCCACUGCGUGCCCCCGCCUGCCCGCGGCACGUGACUUCCGGGCCCACAGUCUCCAUUCAGGGGCUGUGCUUCCGCUACGGCGCCGGUUCUGACGUCCGCUUGGAGGACUUUUCUCUCCGCAGUUGUUCCAGGUGCGUCCUGGUCGGCCUGAACGGCACCGGGAAGUCCACCCUCCUGGCGCUGCUCGCGGGGCGACGCAUGGGCCUGGACCAUGGGGAGUCGGUGAAGAUCUUGGGCCUCCGGCCGUUUCAGGACCACGCCAAGUUAGACCGCGACGUCACCAUUCUCAGCAGCGAGUGGAAGAGACAGGUGGGCCAACUGGCUGCAUCAAGUGGGCUAACAUUUCGCGAGCUGGCCGAGAGCGAGGUCAAGGACCUCACGAGCCAGGGCUUCAACGCCGCCUUGCUGUCGGCGCGGCUCCUUCGGCUGAUGCAGAUGCUCCACAUCGACCCCACCAAGCCCUUCGGUCUCCUCUCGGAUGGCGCCCUCCGCCGUGCGCAGCUGGGCCUGAAGCUGCUGAAGCCGGUAUCGGUGCUGCUUAUCGAUGAGGUGACGGCGGAUUUGGAUGUGCUGGCCAGGGAUGCGCUACUACAGUUCCUGAAGGAAGACAGCGAGGAGGGCAGCACCAUCAUCUACUGCACGCACAUCAUGGAUGGCUUGGAAGGUUGGGCCACCCACUACCUCCACCUUCGACCGCUGGGUUUGCCAGGCCUCGGCAUGACGUCCGAAGGUUUAGUUGGCAACUCUGGCGCGCGCAGCGAUGCAGCGCUGUCUCAGCAGAUUCUUCACCUCCUCCGCGCGGACGAGGGCGCGCAAGCGCGGGCACGGGAGGAGCCCAAAUCUGCCAGCCCGGACCAGGCUGCCCUGGAGAAGGCUUCCAGAGCCUUGGGCAUUUUGAUCUCCCGGCCAUCUCCUCGUGGCCUUCGUGAAACGGGGCCAGCCAGUGGUCGACCGCGUCCUGGGCGGCAACCACACUCAAACACUUUGGAUGUGGUGUCUUCCUCCAGGGCAUCGGUAUCCUGGAGAACUGUGGGGGAGGGACUGCCCUCGUUUGCGCAGCUGUGGAGCUGGGGCAGAUCACACGUGGUGAUUUUUUUGUGUUCUAUGAGCCAAAGAGUUCCCUAUGUACGGUUGUCCCAUUAG